AUGACACAGGGGAUCGCAACCGCCAGGGAAUCAGGAGCCAUGCUUCGUCAACGUCGUCCUCAGCCAUCUAAGGAUCAGGCUCAUCCUCCUCCUACCGAAAUGGCCAGAUCAGACAACCGGACGGGCGGCGGCAUCGCUUCCUGGAGCGUGCGCAGCCAGUGGAUGUUCUUCGCCGUUGCCAGUGGUGCCUGUGCCGCCUUCAACGGUGUAUUUGCCAAGCUAACAACAACCGAGCUGACGACCAAGCUGUCGAAUGCAAUCGCCAGCGGGCUUGGCCUCUCCUCAGCAGAGAGAAUCGUAGAGAUUGCCGUUCGAGGAAUAUUCUUCGCACUCAACUUGACUUUCAAUGGCGUCAUGUGGUCUCUCUUCACCACCGCCUUGGCUCGAGGCACAUCAACCACUCAAGUGUCCAUCAUGAACACCUCCACCAACUUCAUGCUCACUGCCUUCCUCGGCCUCAUCAUCUUUUCAGAGUCAUUGCCGCCAAUGUGGUGGGCCGGCGCAGCUCUCCUCGUGGCCGGGAAUGUCAUCAUCGGCCGUAAGGACGAGACAAAGGAUGCAGAUGGCGCCGCGGAGAAUGAAAUCCUAGUCCAACAAGAAGAGGGGCAGUCGGAGCCUGAAGAAGACACCGCGCCUCCUGGUAUCUACAAGGAUGAGGUUGUAGAUGAAGACGUCGUUGAUCUGGGUGAGAUAAACAACCAACGCAGGUCGUGA